AUCGAACGAAUUAAGCUCUUAAAGCAAUGGAGGUUGAAUUUAGCAAGGAGAACUUUCUGCUGCCCGAAACUAAAUAUGAAUAUCUCGAUCACACAGCCGAUGUGCAAUUACAUGGCUGGGGCUCCACGCUGCUGGAAGCGUUCGAGCAAUGCGGUGUGGCAAUGUUUGGCUACAUGACAGAAUUGGAUUACGUGUCGGUGGAGACGUGCUACGAGAUCGAGGCUAAGGGCGAUGACAUCGAAGGGCUGCUCUUUCAUUUCCUGGACGAGCUGCUCUUCCUCUUCUCGGCCGAACCGUAUUUGGUGUGCAAGAAACUGGAAAUCACCAAAUUCGAUUUGGACAACUUUACGAUUGUUUGCCGCUGCUACGGGGAACCCUUCGAACUUGGCAAGCAUCCGCAGGGCACCGAGGUGAAGGCAAUCACAUAUUCCGCCAUGCAAGUGGUCCAAGACGUCGAACGCAGCCAUUUCGAAGUGUUUGUUAUAAUUGAUAUUUGAGUGACGAGCGGGCAAAAGACAGAGAGAGAGAAGGUAA